UGUGUGCACACCGUGACAUUUUUCUAUGUGGUUGUUUUUUCUUUUUUGUGAAAGAGAGCAGUGGUUAACGCUGAUCUUAGAUCAGUGGAACUUGUGUCAAGCACAGCUAACUUCACAAUUCAACCACAAGAGCCAGCUGAUUCCUCUGAUGCAACUUCCUUUACUAACAGCUGUACAACUUAGCUGCAGCCUUUCAGCCACACCCACACAGACACACAGUCAUUUCGUGCAUUAGUGAGUCUUUUAUAGAUUACAGAUGUUUCAUCGUUCUUCUGGCUGAGUGGAGAUGGUUAGAGGUCACGACCCCGACACAGAGAAGGAAGGCGGUGACACAAAGAAAGCCCCAGACACAGAUCCGAACACAGGAGGAGACACUGCAUGGAGCAGGUGUUACAGAGUGACUGCAGUGUGUGUGGUGCUGCUGUGUGUUCUCCUGCUGACUGCCGUCACGGUGCUGUGGAUCCGAUUCAACAACCUGACUACAGAAAACAACCAGUUACAGACCAGUUACAACAACCUGACUAUAGAGAGAGACCAGUUACAGACCAGUUACAACACCCUGACUAUAGAGGGAGACCAGUUACAGACCAGUAACAACACACUGACUAUAGAGAGAGACCAGUUACAGACCAGUUACAACACCCUGACAAUAGAGAGAGACCAGUUACAGACCAGUUACAACAACCUGACUAAAGAGAGAGACCAGUUACAGACCAGUUACAACAGCCUGACUAUAGAGAGAGACCAGUUACAGACCAGUUACAACACGCUGACUAUAGAGAGAGACCAGUUACAGACCAGUUACAACACCCUGACUAUAGAGAGAGACCAGUUACAGACCAGUUACAACACCCUGACUAUAGAGAGAGACCAGUUACAGACCAGUUACAACACCCUGACUAUAGAGAGAGACCAGUUACAGACCAGUUACAACACGCUGACUAUAGAGAGAGACCAGUUACAGACCAGUAACAACACACUGACUAUAGAGAGAGACCAGUUACAGACCAGUUACAACACCCUGACUAUAGAGAGAGACCAGUUACAGACCAGUUACAACACCCUGACUAUAGAGAGAGACCAGUUACAGACCAGUUACAACACCCUGACUAUAGAGAGAGACCAGUUACAGACCAGUUACAACACGCUGACUAUAGAGAGAGACCAGUUACAGACCAGUAACAACACACUGACUAUAGAGAGAGACCAGUUACAGACCAGUUACAACACCCUGACUAUAGAGAGAGACCAGUUACAGACCAGUUACAACACCCUGACUAUAGAGAGAGACCAGUUACAGACCAGUUACAACACCCUGACUAUAGAGAGAGACCAGUUACAGACCAGUUACAACACCCUGACUAUAGAGAGAGACCAGUUACAGACCAGUUACAACACGCUGACUAUAGAGAGAGACCAGUUACAGACCAGUAACAACACACUGACUAUAGAGAGAGACCAGUUACAGACCAGUUACAACACCCUGACUAUAGAGAGAGACCAGUUACAGACCAGUUACAACAACCUGACUAUAGAGAGAGACCAGUUACAGACCAGUUACAACAACCUGACUAAAGAGAGAGACCAGUUACAGAGGGAGAGAGAUGGAUACCGGAGUACACUUCAUCUGUGUUAUAAAGGGAGGUGUUUCAACUUUGACUCCAGUGUUUACUGCAUAUCUAAUGAGAAGAAGAACUGGGAGGAGAGCAGACAGGACUGCAGGGACAAAGGAGCAGACCUGGUGAUCAUAAAGAGCAAGGAGGAACAGGAGUUCAUCGGCAAACAGCUGGGCAGCAGUCGGGCUUGGAUUGGUCUGAGUGACGGAGCUGCAGAGGGAGACUGGAAAUGGGUGGACGGUACAUCACUGACCACUAAGUUCUGGGCUACAGGGGAACCGAAUAAUGUAGGUGAGGAGGACUGUGCUGAGAUUUUCAGUUCAAAUGGGAACUUUUGGAAUGACCAGAAAUGCUAUAAUAAUGAACACUGGAUCUGUGAGAGACGUGUUUCUCAGUGACGUGUAUCAUUUAAUAAUCAAAAGCACAUGCACAAAUUGAACCAAUUAUAUAUAUAUACUUAAAAAGUAUAAACAACAGUAUUUUGAUGAUGAUUGUGUUUCAGUUUCAGUUUCUUGUCAUGAAAAAUGAUUCAGGUAAAAAAAGAACAUUUAAAUAAAAAAAAUUAUAAAACA